AGGCAUGAAAAUGAAGAUAUCAAUUGGGAAUAAAUAAUCGAAAUGUAUUUAUUGGAAAGAAAACGUGGCAAGGCCUUACCGAAGCAACGUGGAAGAGCUCCAAAUUCCAAUUGCCGUUUGUGGCCAAUAAUCUCUGCCAAAUUCCUAAUUUGGGAAACCCCUCCGCCGCGCCCACCCUCCGCUCGAUUUUCCGCCAUGGCGACUCGCCUUCCGACGACGAAGCCAUUCUCUUUUCUAACUUCGAGAUUAUUUCCCGACGAAAACUCUCUGGCUGCCGCUCUCAUCGGAUCUAGCCGAAGGUGGGCGUCGUCGACGACGGCGUCGCCGCCGGGUAAAUCACAGAAAACGGAGAAGAAGUUAGUGGACCGUCUUUCAUCGGUGAUAGACGCAGUCAACGACCGUAAACUCCCUCCAGAGCUCCGAGGCCAACGUAACUCUGUUAGGUCAGAAACUGAUCUGAUAAAUGUUGUUGAGCGAAGGAUUUGGAAUUCCAUGGAAGAAGGGCAAUUUGAGAAUUUACCAGGAAAAGGAAAACCUCUGAACCUGUCUAUCAAUCCUCAUGCUGAUCCGGCAGAAGACACACUGUAUCGGAUCUUGUCCAAGAAUGGAUGUGCACCUGAAUGGGUUGAACUCAACAAAGAGAUCAGGAGUAACAUAUCCGAAUGGCGAUCGUCGUUGAAGAAAGCAUUCGAAAGUAGAGGCAAUGGUGAUCAUUCAAUAUGGACUGAGAGUAAAGAGGGUUUGCAAGUUCAAUUGCAACACAUAAAUGACAAGUUUACACUUGCAGGUUUUUCGGUAUAACUUAAUAGUUCCUUUCGGGCGCCAAAUGUUUGGAUUGAAAUGGGAGAAAGAGAUGGAUCGUCUAGUAGAAUGAAAUAAGUUGUUUCUUCUCUUUGAGCUUGCAUUGGUUUUGCUUUUCAGGUAAAAUCAGCAUUAUUCAUAUCUUUAGAGAUAUAAAAUUUGUUGGAGUCAUAGAAUUAAGAAGAAAAGAAUUUGGAGUAUGUUGGCAUAUACAAAAUGAUAGCACUUUCAUAGGCGCAGCUGAAAGUUGUUUAAGAAUGUAGUAGCAAAAAUCGUUUCAUUAAUUAUAUGAAAUGAACUUUUUAGUGAGUGUUCUCAGCAUUUUUCUUUCCAUAUACAAAUUAUUUUAUUUCA